AGCGUUCACCCUAAAUACGGGGCCGUGAAAGCGAAUAGCGGUGACGUUACAUCAUGAACUGUGCUGUGUUGUCACCAGCUGUUGUCUGGAAGACGAAGAGGAAAAGUGGACGUGUGUCUCGGUAGAUUGUGAGCCUACACGAGCAGAUCCGCAGCGCUUAGCAGCACGUUCGGAGCCGAAAGAUGGUUACCGGAUGACUGAUGGAAACACAGGAGCCUCGCCGGUCUCCCGGUGAUAGUACCAGUUACAUAACUGAAGGCAUCGAUAAGACACAAACUGUGAUAACGGACUAGUGCCAAUACAGGUCGGAGUUGAAGCCAUUUUUCUCUGCUCAAACGGAUCAAGUCACGGCAGCUGGGUUCAAACUCAGGUAGAGUUUGUACAAUCAUACAGCAGGUAGAGUGCUCUGAAGUGGCACCGGCGCCAUCAUGAACGUGGGCACGGCGCACAGCGAGGUAAACCCCAACACCCGAGUGAUGAACAGCAGGGGAAUAUGGCUGUCUUACAUCCUGGGCAUCGGCCUCCUACACGUCAUCCUGCUCAGCAUUCCCUUCGCCAGCGUGCCCGUGGUCUGGACACUCACCAACCUCAUUCACAAUCUGUGCAUGUACCUCCUACUCCACACGGUCAAAGGGACGCCAUUUGAGACCCCGGAUCAGGGCAAGGCUCGCCUCCUUACACACUGGGAGCAGAUGGACUAUGGUCUGCAGUUCACUGCUUCACGCAAGUUCCUCACCAUCACACCCAUUGUCCUGUAUAUACUAACCAGCUUCUACACCAAAUACGAUCGGGUCCAUUUUGUGGUCAACACGGUUUCCUUGCUUACUGUACUCAUCCCCAAGCUGCCCCAGCUGCACGGAGUGAGGAUCUUUGGGAUUAAUAAGUACUGACAAGGCGGAAGAGGACACCUCCUUCCCUGAGUCCCCGUGGACUGCUGAGAGCACACGAGAGUAUCAGGCCUCUGACUUGGCCGCAGAUCCACGAGGAUCCGUGGCUGUCUGACUGUGCUGAGCAGCACUCUAAAGGAAGUCUGCUGGGGAUACUGCCACGGUUCCAAACCCCUGGAACAGAGAGACAAUACACCUUACAGAGAAGGGACAGUUUGCUGUUGUGAUUGUUGGUGGCCGAUCUCCUUUUGAGUUACAGGUAUUUCAGAGACACUUUGUAAAAAGGGAGAUUAAUGAUUAUGUCAAUUAUUUUGCAGAACUUAUUUUAAAAAAGGUGUCAGAGGGAGAGGACAAUGUAGUUGCACAAAUAUCACGUGCCAUUUUACACCCACUGGCGCACUGAGGCUGUAAUCAACAUUGAGUUUGUAUGUAAUGAUACACUGCUGUAUUUAUUCAGCUGCACUCCGAGGAGAAGCUUCCUCUUUCUUGAGGUUUCUGGGUUUAGAGCAGAGAAACAACACUUUAAUGAAACGGUAAGAGACCUGUGAGCUGCCGCCGAGGCGAGACACAAGAAACCACAAGGUUUUAUAUUUAGCCCUCGCUGUUCUGCUCCAGGACAAGAAUGUGGGGUUAAGCAACUUGUAUUUGUAUCUGACCAUUUCCAUAUUUGGACUUCUCUUAUCCUGGUUUGUGUCACAGCAAGCCUCCUGUCUGUCCUGUGUGCAGAAGGUAUGCGCAAGAACACUGUACUGAUUCAAUAUAAGCAAAGGUCCUGCAGUUUAAGUUAAGAGGUAAGUAUUUCUGUCCUUACUUUAUUCAUAGUUACACGUGGGGACUCGUUGCACUAGCAUGAGCCAGCUGUGUCUGCAUCUCAGUUUGGAAUCCAGACAAAGAUUACACACUGAGUGGACAGUUUAUUAGGUACGCCUGUGCAAUCUAAAGCUUCCAAUAUAGCAGCCUUGCAGUAAAUCCUGAAAUACUCAAAAGAGUAAUGUUUUGUUCAACCUUCAUUUACAUUAAUGGAAGGUGCAGAAGAUUACAAACACCUCAAAAUUCAAUCUUUUUUUAAGGAUCGAAGGAAACGCAGUUAUACUUUAAGUAUGUGCUAAAGGGAUUCUGAGCUGGGUUACAAAGCUGCUUCAUUUUAGAGUAACAAGGUCACUGAUCGUUAUACAUUUUUAGGGAAUAUUUUUGUUUUAAAGUUUUACAUAUUGCUAGUCUAAUGCAUGUUUAUGAUCUUUUUUUUUUGUAGUGGAAGGCUGAAGUAACCAUGAACCAUUUCACUUGAAUUAGUUUAACGUGAAGUUAUAAUAUAAAAUGAUAGGGAAACUACAAUUUGUUUUAGUAAUGAUUAUAUCUGUAUAGUCAUGGAAUAAACCUGAUAUUUCUAUGUUCAUUCUUCUGCAAAAUGAAAAAUGGAUCAUUUUUGUUUUAAACAUGCUGCAAUCGGAGACAAAAGUAAUGUGUUCUACUCCCCCACUAAAUGUUAUGAUACCAAACACUGUUCAGGCUUUUAAAGAGAGAUCUGAACAUAGAAUAUCUUCUUUCCUGAAUUGAAAAUGUAUUUUUGAAAUGUGAUGAUGGAUGUUAAGCUGAACAGUGUCGGCCCCACAUCUUUCUCUCAGCAGUAGUAAUAGCAGUAACCACAGUAGCAUACAUAUUAUUAUAACUGCAGUAGUAGUACUAGUAGAAGUGGCAAUACCAGUUGCAUAUCUUAAGGUAGAUGAAGGGACACAUUUUGAUUACUUUUAGUUAUUGUGAUUCUGUUUCAUAUUAAUUAUAGCUGAGCCAGAAACGGUUCUAUUCUGUUAUUUCUUUUAGCAGAUUGCCGUAUUGAAUUGAUUCAUUGAUCCAACCAAUGACAAACAUGGACCAAAGUCCAUACUUGUUGUCCAUACUAGUUGACUAGUAGUCAUUUCUUCAUCAUGAUGUUUCUGAGAUAUUGUCACCAUGAAGGGCUUUACUAAAAACAUGGUUUAAUUUUUCAUAGCACAAAGUGAUCAUGAAUUCUUGUUUUGUUUUGUUUUUCUUUAUUGGAUCGUUUAGGAAAAACAGUUUGUAAGGCAGUUUGGUUUGAAUGUGGUUUAACUGUGAAACUCUGAAACAGAUCAGCGUAUGAAGGAAAUGUCAAUGUGAUCCUCUGAAAGAGAGUUUGACCCAAAAAUACAGUAUUUUUCAAGUAUCAUCUAAAUUGUCUUUUUUUGCUGCUUUUGUAUCGUUGUAGUGCCCGAGAUUGUAUUUCAUUUAAAUGGACGAGUUAUGUUGGAUUAAUUAUGAUGUCCGCCAAAGAGGUUAUGUUUUCUGUACGGUUUGUUUGUCAGCAGGAUUAUGGGAAGAAAUACUCGCCCGACUUUCAUGAAACUUGGUGGAAGGGUGUAGUAUGGGCCAAGGAACAACACAUUUAAAUGUUGGAGCAGAUCUGUAUCACAGGGCGGAUACACGGAUAAAUGUUCACUUAUGUAAACGGCUUUGGCGGAGUGCCCUCGUAGUUAAGACAUGUACACUUUCUUUUUUUGUUUCCGUUUAACAGUUGGUACUACAGGGUGAAGGUUUGUAGAGGACUUUGAAACCUGCAGGAGCCCCCUGCCUUUUUCUGGGUGUAAUUAUUAAUGAAUGGGGACUAUUCAGCAUGAAAUCAAAAUAUAGAUUUACAGAUCCGACUGAUUUCUGUUACUCUAAACGUCCAGGCUUCAUUUAGGACACAGAAAUGUUGACGUUACAUUUUAGAAUAGUCAAGCUUUUAGUGAAGCCGUGUUUUAGUACUUAAUAAUAAAAGUAUGAUCUUGUUUCUAGAUUUGUGAAUUGACUUGUCCACUAAUGGUGUGUGACAGAAAUGCAUUUUUACUGUUAGAAAAGGCUUUUGAGUUUUAUUUCACACGGGUACAAGUGUGCACAGAGCAUGCUUGUUGCUUUGCAUUAGCAAUGUUUUGCUGCCGUACACCAGACUAAUAAAAAUGACACGGUUGUCCUAAACCCUA